AUGAAAGACCACCACAAAAUGCAACACCGCCACCACCGUGAAUUGACCUUGCUAAGCUCCACCGACUUCCCCCGCCAGAAUCUCAGUCUAGAUCCCAUAAUCGUCACCCCCAAAGACCAUAGCGAUCCUUCCAUCAAAGAAAUGGAUUUCUUCUCAGAUUCACCGCCCAGGUAUAGUGAUACUAAAAACAAUAUUAACCAGCACCAGCACCAUCAUCAACGUCACCCCAACAUCUCUCAAGAUGGAUCACAAACUCUUCUCACCGAUCACUUCGUAAACACUGCGUUGAAUUUAAAGUGUGCAAGUGCUGAAAGAACUGCAAAUGAUGAAAGUUCAAAAGCCGUGGUUCGUAUGGCUUGUCCUGAUCCAACAGAAGAUGUUGUUGACCAAUCGUCCUCACAGAGUUGGGGAUCAUCCAAGAGUCCCAAGUUAGAAGAAUCCAAAAUCGAACUUCCUUUCAAAAAGGCCAAGGUUUCCGUGCGUGCAAGAUCAGAAGCUCCGCUGAUUAACGAUGGAUGUCAGUGGAGAAAAUAUGGGCAGAAAAUGGCCAAAGGUAACCCUUGUCCCCGUGCCUACUAUCGUUGCACUAUGGCUGUAGGAUGCCCGGUUCGAAAACAGGUGCAAAGAUGUGCAGAGGACAAGACAGUGCUUAUAACAACCUACGAAGGGAAUCAUAGCCACCCUCUCCCACCAUCAGCCACAGCCAUGGCCAAUUCUACAUCAGCUGCUGCGUCAAUGCUUCUGUCAAGUUCAGGUUCAACAAGCAGCAAUGAAACGUUAAAUAACAGUGCAGGACUCUUCUCUUCAACACCCUACAUCUCCAUGGCAACCUUGUCAGCCUCUGCACCAUUCCCCACUAUCACUCUCGACAUGACCCAUAUUCCCAAUAAUCCCAUGCAACUACCUCUACCGUUGCAUGUUGCUUCUUUUCCUCAAUUACUGGGACACCCUGUGAUCUUCCCCCAGAAGCUAUCACAUCCAGCUAUGACUCUUGCUCAACUAGCCCAACAACGACUGCCUUCAUCCAUGACCCAGACAGUGAGCGCAGCCAUUGCUUCAGAUCCAAACUUCACUACUGCCCUAGCAACUGCCAUCUCAUCAUUCAUUGGAUCACACCCAGGCAGUGAUGCAAAUAGUAACAACACUGGAAAUGCUAAUUCUCUUCAUGGGCCAUUUCUGUUCCCCAAUUCCACAGUCACCAAUUAA